UCUCAGGGCGGUACUCCUGUGAUGCAUGUGCAGUGACACUUUUGGCUGAGAUUGAGACAAGAUUUGGCGCUGGGAUUGAAGAGAGGUUAAGCAGAGCGUAUCCAGCCAGAAGAAGUAGAAGUAGUAAUACAACAACGACGAGACCUUCAAGAGCUGCAUGGCCGGGAAUGGGCGCCUGGUGCCCUAUGCCUUCCAUCGGGUGUCUGCUGUUGCUGGGACUCUUAGCUUGUACAGCUCGAACGACGGGAGAGAGUUGUGCAACGGAAGGAUGUUGGAAUCUUUACAUGGCAGCACAGCAGGUCCUGGGGGACGGAGCAGGGAAAUACAGCCAACGUGAGGCAAGAUGUGUGCAGCUCAGGACUUACUUUGUGUGCGUGAAAAAUAUCACUGGAGCUGCGUGCUCGGGCAAUAUACAGUUUUACAGCGUUCGAGAGAUGGUCGAGCGCCAAAUGAAAGGAUAUAAUUGUUCGGAAAAGGGAGAUGUAUUUAAAGGCGGAGUGAAACCGCCGGUCACCCCACCAAUAACUCCAGCCAAAGUGUGUUCGUAUAAUGGAGAACGCGUUUAUAGACACUGCGGAUUAUUUGGAGAUCCACAUUUAAGGACGUUCGACAACGACUACCAAACGUGUAAAGUUCAGGGAGCCUGGCCCCUCAUAGACAAUGAUUAUUUAACUGUACAAGUAACCAAUGAUCCAGUAGUUAAAGACGGAUCGGCAACAGCCACUAGCAAGCUCACCGUCGUAAUCAAGAGUGACGAUAGAAUAGAAGAGUGCGGGCCAAGCCAGUACGUACUUUACCAAGCUCAAACCAACUACCUGCCAGCAACCUUUGACGAUGGAAGGUGGCAUUUCGGGGUCGAGAAAAGUGUGCAAAUUUUAGAAAAAGACCCAGGAAAACAUGUGGAGAUUUACGUACGCUACAUUGAUACCACGAUAGUUGUGCGCCAGAUCGGACGCUACUUCACGUUCUCUCUUCGUAUGCCAGAGGAGUUGGUGAACAGAACGAGAGAAAACAACCAAGAUGGGUUGAACUUGUGCCUUCAAGGAUGCCCGCUGAGUGAAAGGAUAAAUUACAAAAAGUAUUUAGCCACAAAAAGAGGGAGGCUAAAAUCUGAACAGAGCACUAGUGAUACGAAAAACGGGUUUGCCAUGAGUCGAGAGGACGCCAUAAACAAAUGCAGGACAUCGAACGUCGUGGAUUUUUAUUUCGAUUCAUGCGUGUUUGAUCUUAUGACAACGGGCGACACUAAUUUUUCUCUUGCGGCUGACGUGGCCCUGCAAGACGUCAGUCGACUUUACCCAGAGUCAAGGAAGACUCAGAAAAAUAGAACAGAUUUAGCCGAGUACGACAAAGUAUACUCUAGCAGUCCUUCCACGGACUCAAGGACGUUUCUUCAGUUUCGGACGUUUCUUUCUUUUGCCCUAAGUUUAUGGAUUAUUUUCACAACACAUGAAUUCAACUUCGUGCGGUAGCAUUGUCAAGUAAUAGUGAAAAUGGAUUAAUUUAAUGCGUCCUCUGUGGCUAAAAAUCGACCAUUUCACUUCCCACUGAAAACCAGUCUGUAUAUAGAAAUGUAUGUAUGUAAAUGCGAGUCCAGUGUCAUCACAUAGCAGUAAUUGCCCAUUUGUAUAUACUUUAAGUGUUACAGUUCAUGUCACAUAUUUGUACAAAGUGAAAAAUUUUUAUAUUGCAUUUCUGUACAUUGUUUAACACAUCAGGGUAAAUUUUAAUGCGCGAUCUUUUACUUCUCAGUCCUCAGUUAACAAAUAUCUAGUAUUAGCAAGGCCACACAGGCCACUAGCUUUAUUUUUCAAUCUCGGUCUUCUAAUGCCACCGGUUGGCUUAUCAGUGUAUAGUGUUUACUUUCAUUGGUUCUCUUGUCGUCAACUUAGUCCGCGGAGGAUUCGCCUUAGAUAACACUUUUGUUUGCAGUAGUAUACUCUGACGCGAAAGCACAUAUAGAAUGAUGUAUGCGCAUUACCAGUCGUGUAGAAAUCCACCAUUACUUUUUGUGUCGCCAUUUUAACUUAUUCUCUCAAUGAGAAACCGUGCUCGUUGGAGUGCGAACGUACGAUGUAAAAUAAAGAACCUUACGAGGGUUGUUUGUCCGUAAUUA